AUGGUGAUCAAACUAAAAGAAGAGCUGAUCAUGAACAGCUUCAAGACGAUAGACGGCCGUGGCGCGAGCGUGCACAUCGCCGGCGGACCGUGCAUUACGAUACAGUACGUCACGAACAUCAUCAUCCACGGGAUCAACAUUCACGAUUGCAAGCAGGGCGGUAACGCGAUGGUGCGAAGCUCCCCACGGCAUUUCGGGUGGAGGACGAUAUCUGACGGCGAUGGCGUCUCGAUAUUCGGCGGAAGCCAUGUCUGGGUCGACCAUUGUUCGUUAUCGAAUUGCGCUGACGGCCUGAUCGAUGCGAUCAUGGGGUCCACCGCGAUUACGAUAUCGAACAAUUUCAUGACCCACCAUGAUAAAGUUAUGCUUUUAGGUCAUAGUGACACUUAUCAUCAAGACAAGAACAUGCAAAUCACAAUUGCCUUUAAUCACUUUGGUGAAGGUUUGGUCCAAAGAAUGCCCAGAUGCCGACACGGGUAUUUUCACGUGGUGAACAACGACUACACCCAUUGGGAGAUGUAUGCGAUCGGGGGAAGUGCAUCGCCGACCAUAAACAGCCAAGGGAAUAGAUUUCUGGCACCCGAUAGAAGAUUUAGCAAAGAGGUGACGAAACACGAGGAUGCACCGGAAAACGACUGGAAAAACUGGAACUGGAGGUCCGAGGGGGACCUGAUGUUGAACGGUGCGUUUUUCACUGCAUCAGGUGCUGGAGCUUCGUCUAGCUACGCAAGAGCUUCAAGCCUCGGGGCGAGGCCCUCGUCGAUUGUUUCCUCCCUGACGACCAAUGCCGGAGCCCUCGUAUGCAGAAAGGGCUCUCGUUGUUGAUCCAGAUAAAACAUCUGGAUCGUAAUUUUGACCAAAAAAGUCAAAAUUAUUUACCCUUUGAUUUGGGGAUAAUUUUUAUUAGGUUUUUCUUUUGAAUUUUCAAUGAUUUCCCUCCUUUUUUCCCCUUUUACUUUUUGACUAUGUUGUUCCCAAGUACAACCUCGGCUUGUCACAUAUUUGUUAAGGGUAUAUGCAAGUUAAGAAGUGUUGUCAUCUAUACAUAUAUAAAACUAUAUCUAUAAUU